UAUUAACGUAAACAUACUUUUAAUUCUUGAAUAUUCCUUCAAAUUCUCUGCAAAACUACGGAUAACCCUAACCCUAUCAAUCUACACCAAACAUUCACAUUCAUAACAUAUAUACACACAAGUAUAUAACGGGCUCAAAAGUUGAAUGAUUUGACCCUGCACUGCUUACGUUGCUUGCACAUAAUGUGGCACACAACACAAUCCACUAAUUAUGUGUGUCCUAUCCUCUGCUACUUAAUACUAUUACUAUAUGUCUGCUCUCUCUCUCUCUCUCUCUCUAGUCCCCACCUCCAUGGUAUCUGGUUCAGCACACUCAGAUAAAUAUGGAGGUGUAUUUGCAUUAUAAUGAAAACUGUGUAAAGCAAAAUCCAGUUCCAUCAUUGGUCUAAAUGAAAUUCUUCCUCUUAGCAGUUUCUCUGAAACCACUUUCUUUCUUUCUUUUUUUCUGGGAUUUGUUAUAGUGCUCAGUAAAAGAUUUGUAUAAAUCUUUUACUCAGGCAAAGCUCUUGUUCAUUAUAGCUCUUCAACCCAGAGAAGCUAGGGUUUUUGUCCAUUGGAAUCAAUUGCAAAGUUUGCAGAUGUUCCCUUCCACUUACAACAGCUCUUCAGGCCCUUCUUCUUACUACCCUUGUUUCCCUUCAUCUUCUUCAUCAUACCCUCCUUUUACUUACCUUAACCCUGAAAAUGCUUCUGCAAAUAACACCACCUUUCUUCAUGAUCCACUUUCUGUUCCAUAUUUACCCUCUCAUCAUGCUCCAAUAAUCCCAGAAACACUUACCAAUUGGGCUGUUGCAGACUGUGCUGCUGCAAUGCUCAAACAUGAUGUUAGUACUGGUUCACAUUAUGGGAAUAUUUCCAAUUCUCUUAAAAAGAAACCUGCAAAGAAAGAUAGGCACAGCAAGAUUCACACAUCUCAGGGUUUGAGGGACAGAAGGGUGAGAUUGUCCAUUGAGAUCGCACGCAAGUUCUUUGAUCUUCAAGACACCUUAGGGUUUGACAAAGCAAGCAACACCCUUGAGUGGCUCUUCACCAAAUCCAAGAAAGCAAUUAAGGAACUAAUUCUUAGCAAGCACAGUAGCACUGGUUUUAACAAUAGCUUCUCCUCCUCUUCAGAUGGCGAAGUGGUUUCUAUGAUCAACCAAGACAACAGUGAUACUACUCCAGAACUAGUAGAUUCCAAAGAGAGGAAUAAGAUGAAGAGGGCACAGAAAGAACCUGCUUGUGUUCGAGCAAAGAUGAAGGAAACAAGGGAAAAAGCAAGGGCAAGAGCAAGGGAAAGGACAAGUAACAAGAUGUGCAACAUUAACACAAGUGGUUCUGGGAAGGUACAAGACAUGAAGAAAAAGUGCCCUGCAACUGAAAAUCCUCAAAUCCUGAACCAAUUGAUGAGGUCACCCAUUCAAACUGAAGACACUGCCAGAGAUGACUUCACCGUUAUUGAGCAAUCCAUUGUGAUCAAGAGAAAGUUGAAGCAAUCUUUAAUGUCUAAUUCUCAUCACCAAAACAUUGUGAUCCCUAAGGAACCAAGUUCUAACACAAGUGACUAUCACUCCUUCCCCAAUUUGUCUCCAAAUUGGGAUGCUAAUGGUUCCAAUGGCCGCUCCAACUUUUGUGCAAUAGCCAGCAUGAAUCUAUCUACAGGGCUUCAAAUCAUUGGAAAAUCUUGGGAAGAGUGCAACAAUCCCCGUCUAUAGUAAUAUGUUAGUUUUUCAGCGUUAUCUGAUAUCUGAAUGAACUCUCUUGUGCUUUGACAAGGAAUCAUGGAGGCAUCUUUAUGUGUUUUUCCACCAGUAACCUUUUUCUGUCCUAUAUUCCAUUUUGAUAUUUUUGCUCAAGAUCAGCCAAUUAAGGGCAUGUGACAGUUGGCACAAACUAUGCUGCGUGUAUUAUUUCAGUCCAUUAUUGAAAGUGUGGCUGACAUUAUAUUAAUUCCAAUUUAUAUUUAUAAAUAAAAUGUCCCCUCUAGCAGAUUUCAAUAUUUAUAUAAUUUGAUAAUAUUCUAUAUUGACUAAUAUAUUCCAUGGUCAGAAACUUUUCCAGCAUUAUUGGUCAUAAGAGGAGGAGGUACUGAAGAAAAUUCAAGAUCUUUGAGCUUUUGUUUGAGGUUGACCUAUAGAUGUUGGGCAAGCAUUUGCGGAUUUAGAUUAUUAAUUAAUUAUCCUGUAAGAAAUUUUUUAUUUUGAAAUUUUGCAAAUUAACAAGAAAUUCAGAUAAAAUGAAUAUCCAUAUGAAGAGACUUUUAUAUAUAUAUAUAUGCAUGAAACAAACAAGGAAGAGUGUAAAUAUGUCCACUUUAAAAUUUCACAACAGAUACAAUAAAAAUCACACAAGAAUGUGAAAAGCCUAGAGUUAUUUUGUACAAGUAUUCAAGUCUUUUUUAUUUCUUUCACAGGAUGCUUUGCUUCAUCUCAAACAUUGUCUUUUGUUUUAACAGUAUCAAGUUAACAACAUCUGAUCUUUCUUUUUGUUUCCCUAUGAAGUAAGUUUAGUUAUCUUUAUCAUUAUGAAUUUAUAUAUACAAGAUCUGAUGGUAUGGUGGAAUAUCCUAAUUUGCAAAAUGCACAGACUGACUGAAGAAAUAGUGAAAGUGUAGCUAUAAUAUAAUUAUUAUGGAAGUGGGCAUGAUUUUUAUUCCUUUGUAUCAAAAUAUAUUAGCAUGUCAAGCCUUAAUUCCUACAUAUACACAUAUGAUAAAGCGUGUGAAUCAAUGUAAAUGCAUAUAAUUCAUAUGUCUUCAUUUUAUUGGCAUGCUCUUUCACUCAAAAGGAAGAAUCUUCAUCUUUUACAGAGUCCAUAUAUAAUACUUAUUUCCCAUUGGAAUUCUAAGACCUCUUCUAUCUAUUGUGAGAGAAAAUCAGCAACUACAUGUAUGUAUGUAUAUAUAUAUAUAUAUAGAUAGAUAGAUAGAUAGAUAGAUAAUCACAAGGGAAAGAGUAAAGAUGAUCUUGUACAUUAAAGGAACCUUCUCUAUUUAAGUUUUCAAUUGUUUUCAUCUUUGCAUAUUAUAUAAGACUCGGGUGUAUGAUUUAUCCCUUUUUAUAAUUAUGUAAUUUUUAUUUUUCAAUUGUAAUUUUUUUUUAAAUCUUGAAGGUGAUAUAUAUACUGAGUACUGAUAUGUUCUCUUUUUCUCCAUCUAAGCAGACUGAUAUCUUCUUCUCAUUCUAUCUUUCUUUAAAAUUUUCAUCUGAGAUCAGUUUUUUUUUAUUUUCAACACACAUUAUUCCAAAUCCAGUAUAUAUAGUGUAUGUAUUUAUUUAUUAUGCUACUAUAUUUUCUAUUUAAAUUUCAAUUGUGUUAGGUUAGUUAAUUAACAAUAUGAACUAUAUAUUAACAAUUAUCAGGAGCAGUGCCACUAACAAUGUGUUUCAAAGGACAAUCUAUUAAACUUGGUUAAAGGAAAUGUUCCGAGAAAUUCUACAAGAUGCCAUGAAUGUGGUUAUUCAACAACAUCCCAAUGAUGCCGGAUACAUCAGGUUCUCGAGUACACUUGAUGUAUCUUCCUUUAUUGGAUGACUUACAUGUAGUUGUAAACUAUAGUUGUUGUGCAACUGUUUUAGCUUGCUUAUAUGGGGAGUUACAUCUGCAACUAGUCUAGACCAAUUUGAAAUUGGUGGAUGCUUGUUGUUUCUUCAAUCCAUUCCAAGCAUUGCUCCACAAAUAUAUCCAC